AUGAGCUCUCUGCCAGUCUAUAAAUUAGUAUUUUUUUACAUGGAAUGUCACUUCACUUUUAUAGAUGACAUUUUCCCCUCUCUCCUUCAUACAGUGUAUGUUAUGCUAAUUGGUAGAUGUGUGGUGUCUUUACUAAAUAUAGGCUAUUUGUUUAGAUUUUGUUUGGUGGAUUCUGCUUUCCUUCCUGGCCUUCCAAGAAGGCUAUUUAGUUUGGUUCUGUGUCUUUGUGGAAUUAUCACUGACUUAAUUAUGAAAAUGUCUUCUCCAGCUUUUGAUUUUUCUCAUCAAAUGUUGCAUAUUUUCUAA